CGGAAAUGUUCCUGCUCUGUGUCAAACUUAUCUGAAGGGGGUCAAGGCACAUUCAGCCAGCGUGGGAAAGCGAAGAAGAGACGGAGCUCACAGGCAAGCGUUGCAUAUCCCGGGAUAAAUGGGGAAAAGAGAGUUAAAAAGGGGAAAAACUGAGAAAAGCGUGGCUUGGAGAAUAUAUCACGCUUUUGUCCUAUGACCCCCCCCCCCCAAGUUGCAGUAGGCACUGUGUUUUUCUGUAAAAAAAAAAAAUACCCCCCUCCCCCCGUAUUAUAGUUGCUUUGCUUGAGCUGCAGUUGCAGAGGUGGUGAGCCUACUGCUGAGGGAUGGGGGUUACAGAAACUGCUCCAUCCGACUACCUGUGUGGCCCGGCGUGACAGUGAGGGAUCUGUGAUGUCUUAGUGUGAACACUUAUCCAAAGGGGGCAUGUUUCAUAAAUUCAUGGACACGACCAAUUGCGACUUUCACUGAUAACAUAAAAUAAGGCAUUGCACGCGCCAACAACUAUUUUCUGUGAGGAUGGCUUUGUAAGAACCCUGGUUCGUUACGUUCGUUGGGAUUCCCCGCAAUAUUCUCAACAAGAAAAAUAAAAAAGAAGCAAAAAUGGACAAAGAAAGUGUAGCACAACAGUACGAGCCCGUCGCCGAGAUUGGGGAAGGUGCGUAUGGAAAGGUGUACAAGGCACGAGAUUUGAAGAACGAGGGACGCUUUGUAGCCCUAAAACGAGUUCGGGUACAGACGGAGGAGGAAGGGAUGCCCCUCUCGACCAUCCGUGAGGUGGCGGUACUGAGGCAACUGGAGGCAUUCGAACACCCCAACGUGGUCAGACUGUUCGAUGUGUGUACUGUGUCUCGGACCGACCGCGAGACCAGGCUGACCCUGGUCUUUGAGCACGUUGACCAGGACCUGACCACGUACCUGGAGAAAGCACCUGAUCCUGGGGUGCCACCUGAAACUAUCAAAGAUAUGAUGUACCAGCUGCUGCAGGGACUGGACUUCCUGCACUCACACCGUGUGGUUCACCGGGACCUGAAACCCCAGAACAUUUUGGUCACCAGUGGAGGACAGAUCAAACUGGCCGAUUUUGGCCUCGCCAGGAUAUACAGCUUUCAGAUGGCCCUGACCUCUGUGGUGGUGACGUUGUGGUACAGAGCCCCAGAGGUGUUGCUCCAGUCCAGCUAUGCCACCCCAGUUGACCUGUGGAGCGUGGGCUGUAUCUUCGCUGAGAUGUUCAGGAGAAGACCUUUGUUUCAAGGAAACUCAGAUGUUGAUCAGCUGGGCAAGAUUUUAGAUGUGGUCGGGGUUCCCUCGGUGGAGGACUGGCCCCAGGAAGUAGCCCUACCACAGAGUGCCUUCUCCCCACGACCCCCUCAGCCAAUCGGAGAACUUGUCCCUGACAUGGAUGAGCUGGGGAAAUCCCUUUUACUCCAAUUCCUGGCUUUUAAUCCCUCCAGAAGGAUAUCAGCAUUUGCUGCUCUGACCCACCCCUACUUCCAGAGUGUGGAUAGUGACACUAAGAGUGUGUACGCCCAGCCCAUCGGCAGCAACAAGCCCACCAUGGAGGAGAGAGCUGCCUGACAGCCCCCUGGCCCAGUACUGGACUGGCCUCACAGAGAGGGAGAGAAAGAGAGGGAUGGACACAAAGACUGAGAAAGAGAGCAAUUAACAGAGACAUUUGAUUCCAAAAGGCAACCGUGCUGUCUUCCACAAUUUACCAAUUUGAGUGCUGCUUUUUAGGAUACUUUUAUAAAAAAAGUUUAAACAAUGCAAGGACCCCUGAAGCUGAGAUGUACUGCCACCAGGAGAGAACCUCUGGAUGUCCAGGAGCUGCUGCCUAAUGUCUCUCCUUCCUUAGCUUGAGAAGAGGCUCCUCGGUGGGGGAACACCAAGCACCAAGGGUAGGUCGGCAUGGACCUCACCUGGAGCUCACCUUCACAACAACCGAGAGAGAUGACACACUCACACACACAUUUUAAUCCAAUGCAGAAGGACCUCACACACUGCCUAGUGCUACUUCUGGUCCAAACAAACACGUGUGUUUUGAUAUCACUGCCACCUACAGGUUGUCCUGUGUUACUGCAGGCCAGAGCAGGAUUUCUGAUGGGCUUCAUCUUAUAAGACUUUGCCUGGUGCGAACAGGAAAGACUGAAAAUAUGUCACUUUGAGUUCUUCUUAUGGCAUCCGUACUUCAGUGUCAUAAACUGUAAUGAAAUCUGAUUGACUCCAUUUGAGACUCUAUGUAUGACCUGAUGCACAGUGACUGUUGAAUGAGAAUAAGGUCGACGUACGCACUAUUCAGCGCAAUUACAUUUGGCAUAAAAGCAUGAUUCUGUAUUUCCUAACUUAAUUUUAAAGUUAUUGACAGUUGAUGUCUUAUUUUCUAUUUUGUCUUAAUUUUAUUGGACUUUAACAACAUGUGGGGAUUUAAAUGUAAAUCUCUGGUGAGAUCUAGAAAGAAUACAAGGGAGGAAAGGUUUGACAAUGUGAGGCAUGUAGAAUGGUAUAGAGCUAGAUACUGCACUAAUACUGUCAGUAGUUGUGAAUGCUGGUUUUACUUGCAUAUCCAGCACACUGACAUGUGUAGCAGGAUAGUAGUAAGGUCAGUGCAGGUGUGGGUCAGUGAAAUGUUCUUCGUUGGGAGAUUGUUUUAGAGAGAAAAGGCAUGCUGAUACGUCAGAUUCAGAGGAGGUUCAACAUUGUACCUGCUUCAUUUAGACUGAGUCUGUAAGGGUUACAUAGAAACAUAUAGGGGUUCAUGUUGAAACACACAGCUGUUCUGUGUUAAGAAUGGUUGUUUUAAUACCCUACGUAUUAUGCUCACUUUGAUUCAAUAUGACUAGCUAGAGUGCUUUCAGAGUUGCUCCCUCUGUGGGAUUGGAACUAGUCAAGGAAAAUAGUUUGUUUGUAAAACUUCUUACUGCACAGCAAUACAUCUAGACCAUAACUUUCCCUCUGGUAUAUCUAGUGCUGCUAGCACACAAAUACACUCAGGAUCUUAUUAGAAAUCAAAUCAGAAAUCAUUCUGACACACUUUGCACAUUCAUGAUUAGACUGCAUCAACUGUUUCAUUGGAUGAUGUUAAUUGAUUGAUCAACUGUUUCAUUGGAUGAUGUUAAUGGGUCAACUGUUUCAUUGGAUGAUGUUAAUGGCUCAACUGUUUCAUUGGAUGAUGUUAAUGGCGCAACUGUUUCAUUGGAUGAUGUUAAUGGAUCAACUGUUUCAUUGGAUGAUGUUAAAUGAUCAACUGUUUCAUUGGAUGAUGUUAAUUGAUCAACUGUUUCAUUGGAUGAUGUUAAUGCUACAACAUGAUUGUGCUUCUAUAAUCAAAUUACAGAAUUCCUGACUGUGUGAAUCCAACUACACGUUUGCUAUGAUACAGUAUGUUUGAUAUCUUACUUGUUUUUCAGUGUCGGGGCGCAUAUGGUUUAAUCUAAUACAUGAUAAAAAUAAAAAAACACCUGAAAGAAUUUUGGACUGAGCUCCCCUCUCCAUGUAGAUGUAGAGUUGUUUUGCCCUCAUCUCUGUCCUGUCAGAUGAUUCAUGCCAUUGGUGGAUACAUUGCAGACUUCAUAUUCCAACUCUCUAGAAAUAGGGAUUGUCAAGCUUCCUUGGUAUCGGUCAGUUCAACGUCAACUGCCCUAAUAAGUAGACUGUCAUCAUUGUAGUCUACAUUAUAUCAACUUGAAGCGAUCAAUGUAUGUUUUUAUUUGGUUUAAGAGGUUUAUUGGUCAUUUGUAACUUAAAACAUGGGACAGGAAUACUUUUGUCUAUGUAAUAUAAAAUAAUAAAAGUAUACUUUUUCACAGCCACCUACAUGGGGUCUGCCAUAGAUUUCCUAUGAUUGCAGAAAUGCACCUAUGAUAGCUCUGUAUUGCAAAUACCCUUUAGCCAAUGAACAGUACUGAAGCAUUUAGUAUUUUAGCACAUUUUCUAAGCUCCAAGGAUGAAAGUAAAGGCCACACAUGUAUUUGAAAUGUCCACAUGUGACAUGGUAACUUCAUUUAAAAUGAUGAUAUGGAGGUAAUGGGCAUUAUGUUUACAUGAAUAAAUGCCACCAGUGGUGAUUGCUUCAUGUUGCACCAUUUGAAUAAAAAAUAUGCUUUGUA